CCUUGAUCUUACAAAACACCCUGACUGACGAGAGCAUUAUCGCGGCGAUGUACGAUCACAACGAUCGUUCGACUUCAGGCUAAAGCCGUAAGCAGUAGCCACAACUAUGAUCCACUACACACAAAUACACAUCGACCUUCUUUCUCCGACGGUCUCAAAUGGCUUUCUGACUGUCGAAAAUAUAUGUCAGGCGGACAGAAUAGCGAGUUCGGAACAGAUCGAGUUCGGGCGAACCCAAACCGGCAGCAGCAUACACCAUGGCGAACAACGAUCAACUGGAUAACACCAUCCCCGUAUUUUGCACAGCAAAGAUACCUCACGAUCUUCUUAACGAGUUCUUCAUUGAGGCAUUUGAAGCGCCGGAGCUGAAGGCCGUGGAAUGCACUCACAUAGCCAUCCUCGUCGACAAAACCGACAUUACCAAACUCUCAUCGCCCACACGCGCCCCGGUGUCGCAGGACCUCUCAUACCCGUUCCUAGGCUGGAAACUGGACGACCUAGUCAAAUUCGCGUGGCAAUUUGACGGCGCUGAGCACGAUAUCGUAGGCACGGAAUUCGUCAUCAUGGAUGAGCAGACCCUCGAAGACAAAACCGUGAUCCUUGUGACGCCAUCCGAGGGCUCUGACGAUGUAGAGACGGCGCCUAGAUUGACUGCACGAUCGGAUUUUCGCUCUAGUCUCGUUACGCUGAAUGUCAAGAGUAUUGGAGUAGGUGGUGAUGAACCGUGGGAGGAAGCGGCGGAGGAAAGUGGGAGGGUCAUUAGAUUAUAUGACGGAAAGAGUUCAGAGUAGAUGAAGGAGUCGUGGGACGGACCAUGUGUAAGACAUC